AUGACGAAGUUGGCAGGAUACGGCGAGGAUGAAAGUUGGAUCUCACACAAUGAGAUCAUAGAGAGUUAUCUCCGGCCAAAGAUUGAAGGAAAAGCAGUGGCGAUUCCGGGGUUGGUUGUGGAAUUGGGGGAGGAAUUGUACACUCGAGAGCCGUGGCUGCUUCCGCAGACAGCACAUCCCGUCCUUAACCCUCGAGAGUGGUUCUACUUUGGGAGAAAGAAACCAAAUCAUCGCAUCUUUGAAGGAGUUGAUCACGAAGGGGCGUGGGUUGUACUUAGCGGUCGCUGCCCGAUCCGAUCCGAGGAGACUGGUGAAAUAGUUGGGGCAACGAUGAGAUUCAGAUAUGGCUUCAGGAACAAGGGUGAGAGUACAAGCCUGAGGUGA